AUGGUCAAUUUAGGGCCAAGUAGCAGAGUCCUAUACAACUAUAUUAAUCUUGGAAUUUAUGUGAUGUAUUCAAACUGGACUGAAAAGAUUUUCUCUGAUCCCACUUUUUAAACAAUUUUGAAAAUUAAAAUCAAUUGAAAUUUGAAGUUCCUAACAGAUAAAGUAUCUUUCAGUAUAAGGUUACAGAGAUUUUAUUGCUCCUCUCUCAAAUAACUCAAUCUAAUUAAAGAAAGACUAUAAUACCAAACUUUUUCUCCAAAACCCAAAAGGAAAAGAAAAAACAAAACAUUUCCAUGGCUCCCCAAGCUAAUAAUGAGUCAAAAAAACUUGCUUUCACGGCCAAAAUAGAAAGCAACAACUUCCCAAAAACCGAUCGACAGAGUUCAUACUAUGCAGCCCUUGACUCAGAGUUGGAUUCUUCGAGCCCUCUUAUAUCGACAUACACUUCAUUGAAAGACUUGAUGCCUUCAAGCAAAGGGUCCCAGUCCCAGAACAAUCCUUAUUCAGCAGGGUUAACGAUUGCAUCUGCGUACGAGAUUCCUAUAACCAACUUGCUGGUGAAGAAAGCUGCAUGGGUUUAUUUGCAGCCAAUGGCGUUGCCACCUAAUUCAAGCAGUACUACUCCAAAGGAACACAUUCUUUGCCGUGCUUGGGUGGAGGUGAAGUCGCCGGUGAAAGCUUGCUUCAGGUUUAUUAGGAGGACCAUCAUUCACAAGAUUGCAUGUGCUUUUGAGAAGUUUUCUGGAGCAAUUCUUUUUGGUCGAAGCAGCAGCUUAGGGAUGAAUCAUAAUUGAUCUGUUUGUUUGUAAAUAUGGUAACUCUUCACCCUUCCUGUUGCUUUGUCUUGGUUUUUCCUUUCAUUUUUAGGUUAGAACUCGAACAACUUUUGGAAUCAACUUCUCAUUUCUUCUCAAUAAAAAUAAUAAAUAAAACAGCAACGUUAUUUAU